GUGUGGUCAAAUGCACCUCUACUCCCUUUCUCCAGUCCCAACAGGACGAGUGCCGCAGAGAUUCAAGUUUCUGCAGAAAGGGCCGUAAUGAACCUGGUACGCAGAGACUGUCUAACGCAGAGACUGUUUGGAAGGGGUGUUCCAUGAGGGACAGCAGCUGAGGUGGACAAGCAGAAUCUCUGUUGGGAGGAGUGACAAGGCACAGGGAAGGAAACUCGUGCAGAGGGUCAACUAAGAAGGAUAAAGUCAGAAUGGAAACGUGUUGCCCCGGAGUGUCCUGACCUUACAUUUAAAGCCACAGCCUGGAGCACAGUGCGGCUGCUCCCAGCUCUCGGGUGCACAGCCGGCAUGGCCUUGGGCAGCGUGCGGGUGCUGGAGCUGGCUGGGGGAUACCCUUCCUCCCUCUGCGGCAUGAUUCUGGCCGACUUUGGAGCCCGGGUGGUUCGCGUGGCCUGGCACCAAAAAGACAUAUUUGAGUUUGUGAAUCGAGGUAAGCGGUCGCUGGCUCUGAAUCUGAGCACUCCAGAAGGUGCCGUGGUCCUUGAGAAAAUCUGUCUUCAGGCCGAUGUGCUGAUCGACCCUGUCCCCGGUGGGGUGCUGGGGGCGGGGAAGCUGCUGCCGGAGGACCUGCUGCAGAAGAACCCGAGACUCGUCCACGUGAAGGUGUCCACGGAGAUGAAGUUAUCCAGGAAGUAUUCCCAACGCAGAGGGCACGACAUUAACUUUCUGGCUUUAUCCGGUGUGCUGUCCACCUUUGGCCGGAAACACGAGAAGCCGUACGCACCACCCAAUUUCCUGGCUUCCUCGGCCGGAGGGUUUCUCGGCGCCUUGGGGACGGUGAUGGCCCUUUUUGAACGGGCCCGGUCUGGGAAAGGACAAACAGUUGAUGCGAAUGUGAUAGAAAGCACAGCGUAUGCGAGUUCUGUGCUGUGGUACCUGCAGAGGAUGGACUAUGGCAACGGAGCCAAGGGAGACAACCUACACGACGGGGGCGCGCCCUUCUACGACACCUACCAGACCUCGGAUGGGAAGUUCAUGGCCGUGGGGGCUAUAGAAGCCCACCUCUAUGAGCUCUUUCUGAAAGGACUCGGGCUCGACCCUUCAAAACUUCCCCAGCAGCUGAGCUCGCCAGACUGGCCCCGGCUGAGGACCCUCUUUGCAGGCCUCUUUGCCAAGAAGACACAAGCCGAAUGGUGCAAGGUCUUUGGGGAGCUGGACGCCUGUGUGACCCCUGUUCUGACAGCCGAGGAUAUCUCUCAACUGGUGAAGGAGGAGAUGAGCACUUCUUUUAUCACGGAUCAGCAGCAGGUGGUAGCCCCCAGGCCAGUUCCAUUUUUUUCCAGAACCCCCGCUUCUGUCCCUUCCACCAGGAGUGCGGUCUUAGGAGAACACUCAGAAGAAAUUCUCAGAGGAUGCGGGUUUAGCAAACAAGAAAUAGCCCGGCUCCAUGUUUCGGGCGUCAUUAAAAGCAGUAAGUCAACGGCUAAUCUGUAA